CUCUAGUUGUCAGACAGGUUCUUUUGCAUUUCCCAUGAAAAGGCAUGAUGACGUAGUUGUGCCACACCUCGUCACUAGUCUGGUUGAAACCUAGUGCGUGGAUGGCAACCGUAACACUAACAAGAGGCCUCUUAAUGGACAAACAUGUCAUCAACAACUUCCAAACGAACACAUCAUCUAACUCUGAUAGCUGCUCUUGGGGUUUUGUGUUCAGUGGUAUUAUUUUUUGUUUACUUUCAUCCAACAUCUACUGUAUGUCCAUCUCGAUUAGAUGAUUUGCCAUUUUUGGCAAAGGGAGAUGUUUCGUCAUCUACCGAAAAACCUGUGGAAAAGCCGCUUGUGUUGCUCUGGUUCUGGCCACUGGGUUUGAGAUGGAAUUUUGAAAUCUGCAAAACCCAUUUCAACAUCGAUAGCUGUGUUCUGACAGAUGACAGAUCCCUUUAUGACAAAGCAGAGGGAGUGGUUGUUUUUCACAGAGACAUCAGCUGGGACCUGAAGAACCUGCCUCAGUCUCCUCGUCCACAUUUUCAGAAAUGGAUCUGGUUUCAUGUGGAAUCACCAACAAAUACAGCCAGAAUACCAGGUCUGGAAAACCUAUUUAACCUCACUUUGAGCUAUAGACGAGAUGCUGACAUCACAGUGCGAAAUGAAUUGACAACCGUGAAGACUGAAAAGGACAGUGAGUUUGUGCUGCCCAAGAAGGAUAAAUUGGUUUGUUGGAUUGUGAGCAACAACAAUCCUUCAACUGGGACAGGAACCAGAGCAAAGUACUAUCAAGAGUUGGUCAAACACAUCAAGAUACAUGUUUAUGGUUCUGCUUUUACAGGGAGUCGUUUGAAGUAUGAGGAGUAUUACUCAACCCUUGCUAGCUGUAAGUUCUACCUUGCAUUUGAGAAUUCAAUCCACAGAGACUAUAUCACAGAAAAGGUGAACGGACCACUUGUAGCAGGAACCAUACCAGUAGUCAUGGGCCCACCCAGAGAGAACUAUGAACAGUUUAUCCCAGCUGGUUCUUUCAUUCAUGUAAAUGACUUUACUAAUGCAAAGGCACUGGCUGACUUCCUCCUCCAAUUGGACAAGAAUGAUGAGAUGUAUGUAAGUUACUUCACCUGGAGGAGGUACCUUAAUGCCAAGCCCCACCUCCUGACAAUGCAGGAAGAGUUUAUUCAACCUGUUUGUUUAGCGUGUGAAUACGUGGCAAGAGACAAAGGAUAUUACAAUGUUGUCCACAACCUUUAUGAAUGGUACUUUGGAUGAGGGUUUAGCCAUCAUUUUGUAAGCACAGAAAAUAUCUUUUCACCUUAGCUAUGUAAACAGAAUACUAUUUUAAGUGUCUUCGGAUUUGGGGAUAUUUUGUUGAAAAAAAAUGGUAUCAAUUUAAAGGAUGGGUUAACAAGGUUUUAGGGUCGAUUUCUUUUUAAAUUUGUAUAUAUAUAUAUAUAUAUAUUUUUUUCUAAAUGUUAACAUUUUUUAUUAAACACUUUGGAAGCAGCAUACACUGUAAA